AUGGCAUCCAUGAAGAACAACUUUGUCGCCGGGCAGAUCUUGGAUGGUCGCUUCCGGACCGUGGCGCCAUUGAACCAUGGCUCCUUUGGCAUGGUAUUCGUUGCAAAUGACAACCAAACUGGUCAGGAAGUUGCCAUCAAGUGCAUUGCCAAGGCGUCCUCCACGGAUACUAUGGGCCCCUUGUCUGUUGAUGGUCGUUUCGAAGAGCUGGAGUGCCAUCGCCGCCUCCCACAUCAUCCCAACCUGGUUAACCUCAUUCACUCCUUCGAGACCGACUCACAUGUUUACUUGGUCUUGGAAUAUUGCGCCAACGGUGAUCUGUACGAGGCUAUCCGGCUCAACCGGGGUCCCUUGGAGACCGAGCAUGUGCGUGACUUCAUGCUACAAUUGGUCAGUGCCAUCGAGUUCUUCCAUGCCAACGGCAUGUACCAUCGCGAUAUCAAGCCAGAGAACAUUUUCUUGACGCAGGACGGUUCAAUGAAACUUGGUGAUCUGGGCUUGGCUACUCGCAACUCCUGGUGCCAUGAGGCGUGCGUGGGAAGUGACCGUUACAUGGCCCCCGAACAGUACGACCCGGGUACCACUGGGUACUCUCCCGCUCAAGCCGAUCUUUGGGCAGUGGGCAUUUGCUUGCUCAAUGUUCUGUUUGCACGCAACCCCUUCGCCAUACCCGCUGAACCCGAUGUCUUGUUUGCCGACUACGUUCGGGACAGGCAGUCGCUUUUCGACAUCUUCCCCAACAUGUCUCAAGACACCUUUGAGAUCCUGAGACAUGCCUUGGCACUUGACCCUGAAAAGCGUUCGCUGUCUGCCAUCCGUGAAAGCAUCUUGCGCUCCCUCUCUUUCAGCACAGACGAUGAGCCCCUUGACGAAUUCUGCACCGACGACCGCGAGGUGGUGCCCGCCAGUGCCAACCGUGAACCGCUCCGCACACCUUCCAUUCAGAGCCCGCACGUCAACCAGGGGGAUUCAUUCCCUUGGGCCAAGGCGUUGCACGCGAACCCCCUUCAACCCGUCAGGCAGCUGUCUGCCAUUCCCGACAACGACAGCUAUUCCGAAGAUCUCUUCCCUGCUUCCGAGACGGCUGGCACCUCUUGGUAUUCGCUUCACCAGGGAACUCCUUCAAUGGAGUCCGUUUUGGAUUCCACCUUGGGAGAAUCGUACAAGUCGACAACUCUUCACAAACCGACCAAUACUCGACAAUACCCACCACCUUCCGACCCAGUCCCGAUCACUGGUUCAUUGCCCAGUCAUGCAAACAAGCGACUUCCAACGCUCUCCAUGGUGUUCGGGCGCAACAAGAACGACCAAAUCUCAAAGAGCUGGUGUGAUUUGUGGGAUGAGGAAGAAGAGGAGGAAUCGGAGAACGAGGAUUGGAUGGUUUUCCAGCAACAACCGGAGCACAAAUCACGAAGCUGGAGCCAUGAGAGCCGUGAUGUGGACAGUGGUGUGGACAUCCAAACCGAUUUGCAAGAAUCUGCUUCCUCGAUGACUCUUCAUCCUUUCCAAGACGACAACAAGGGCGCCGCUGCAGACUUGGGAGUCUCCAAGUCUGGUGUGGUGACCGUAGAGCCGGUCGACAUCCACCGCGAGCCUACCCCUUUGAAGGAGACCACGGCGUCUCCCCCCAAGAAGUCACUUCUUGACAAAUGGGCAGCGCUAGGCGACAAACGUCGGGACGCCAAGGCUCAGGAGGAAUCGUUCAGCCAGAAGAGAUCAACUAAUAACUGCACCAGUUGGAGAAGAGAUUGGGGUCUUGGCUCCUCCGGGUUUGACUACAAAGCGUGGGCGCGGAAAGCAACCCCCACCUUCCACGAACGCCGCCGUCCAUUCUUACAAAAGGACUGGCGUCGUGACGCUGCGGACGCCUCCAAGCUGCGACCGCCCAGCGGAUACGACGGCAGUGUCGAUGAAGAUCUCGACCUAGUUGGUGGCUGGCAUGAGCUCCACCUAUAA